AUGCCACCCAGAAGUUGCCCACAGAAACAUCGCCCUAAAUCUGUGGAAAAGCGAGGGCUACCGCACCAAGAGCGGGUGCGGCCGAAGAGGCGAGCUCAAAAGCUGAGGAUUGGGACGUUUAAUGUAGGGACUAUGACUGGCCGAGGAAGAGCAUUGACGGAGUUGAUGCGGAGAAGGAAAGUGGACAUUAUGUGUGUGCAGGAAACUAGAUGGAGUGGCAAUAAGUCGAAAGAGUUGGGAGACGGAUACAAGUUAAUCUAUGGAAGUGCAAAUUUGGACAAAAGAAAUGGUGUUGGCAUAAGAGUGUCGGAAAAUUUUAACAGUGCAGUUGUGGAACUGGCUCUUGAGGAGUUUGAGAUCAACGUAUUUAGUGUGUACGCCCCUCAGACGGGUUGCACCGAUGAUGAAAAGGAUGAGUUUUGGACAACACUACAGGAUGAAUUUGAGAAGGUUGCUGAAGACGAAAGAUGUGUUAUCGGUGGAGACUUAAAUGGGCAUGUUGGGAGAGGAUCCGAUGUUAUCAGCCGAGUGCACGGAGGGAUGUGUUAUGGCGAGGGAAAUGAGGAUGGAGAACGUGUUAUUGAUUUUGCCAUCUCUAACGAUAUGGUUAUCAGUAACACUAUUUUUACGAAACGACAAGAACAUCUUAUCACGUACAAGAGUGAUUGA